AUGGCGUUAACGCCUUGGGGACUCCCUUCCUUCCUAACCUACCUGAAAUCCUAUUGCACAACGCCAGUGAAGUUGCAACUCUCACUGGCCAAUGCCAGCCAAGACGGCAAAUACGCAAAAAGACGGAUUUCCCUCUUGGUGUUCCAGCAUGUCGAAGGUUUGCACGCUGUGUUCAGGGCCUAUGGAGGCCCCGGACACCCACGAGUUCUGCAUCCGUUGCCUGGGUCUCGCCCAUGCGGAGGCAGCACUCAACGGGUCAGGCUGCCCACACUGCGAAGAAUUCUCAGUGCGGGCCGUGAGUGGUCUAGGCUUAGAGUGGGAAUCCCAGACGAACCAGUUAAGAGCAAGCUGGAUUCUUGGUUCCUUUACUCGGGCCGCCGAGCUGCUGCUCCGAGGAAACGAGCCCCAUUCCUCCCAGACCUGCAUGACGAGGUCGCUAAGGCGUGGGCUGUGCCCCAAUCGGCUCGCGCUCACGCUGGUGGGUCGAAAAUUUUCACCAAAGUCGAUGGAGCGGAAGCCCGUGGAUAUACGCGCAUUCCGCCCGUCGAGGAAUCCAUUGCUGCGCACCUCUGCCCCUCCUCUGCUUCUCUGAAGACAGGUGCUACGCUGCCGUCAAGGCCCUUUCGUUUGACCACACAUGUAGCGGACAAAGCGUACUCGGCCUCGGGAGAAGCAAUUUCUGCUCUCCACACGAUGGCAGUGCUCCAAGUUUUUCAGGCACAGCUUCUGAAAUCCCUGGACGAGGGCAGGGCGGAUCCAGAGGCGUUUAAAGAUUUACACGCAGCAACGGAUUUCGCGCUGAAAGCCACAAAGAAGACGGCCCAGGCGAUCGGGCGGAGCAUGGGCUACAUGGUUGUGCUCCACCGGCACCUGAGGCUUACUCUCACUGAGCUGAAGGAUGCGGACAGGAGGGCGCUGCUCAACGCUCCUGUAUCUCCAUCUGGCCUAUUUGGAGAUGCAGUCAAGGCUAUCGCGGAGCGUUUCUCGGAGGCACAGAAAUACAACUUGGACGUACAGUCAUUAGCCUCACAGGUCCUAUCGGUGAGUACAACCUGUGGUUCUUCCUGCAACCACUAG